AAUAUUGAAGAAGAAUGUUUCCUAACAGUGUAUACCAAAUGCCCCCUUAAAUCAAUUUUUUUUAUUAAAUUCCAUAAAAGAAAUAUAUUUAAUCAAUAAAAAAAUAACAACUAAAUUAAGGUCACAUUGGUUCUAUCUCCUCUGAUAAUCUCUACUCAUGGCAAUUUUUGAACCUUGGCAGUGCCUCCCAGAUCUUGCAGUUACAAUUGUUCGAAUUCCAAAAAAAAUUCUUCCAUUCCAUCACCCAAAUUUUCAAUUUUCAAAAAAAAAAAAUAUAUACUUUGUGUAUUUUCUUAUCGUCCCCAUUCAAGUGAAGGAAUAAAGUGCACCUGGCCCUUCGGGUCAAGUGACCUUCGAGUUGUCCUUGCAGGUGCAUAUCCCCCUCCCCAUGGUGAGUUCGAAACCCACCCUUGUAAAUCUGGUCAAAAAAAAAAAAAGUGAAGGAAUAAAGUGUGCGCUUCACCAAAAACCGAGCAAUUACAACCAACUAAUAAAAUUGAGAGAAAAUAAAGGCUAGAACAGCUUUUAGACCAUAGGACUUCCCCUUGCCAAAAUGAUUCUCUCAAUAUUUAUUUUCAGAUCAAUGAAAUGAUAAAACAGCUAACAAAAAUAUUUCAUAUCUGCAAUGAGAGUCACAAUGUUUUUUUAAUAUAGUGAUUGUAUAAUA